AUGUCGAUCGCUUUCUCCUAUUCCUAUUCAAAUUUCAAUUCCUAUUCUUCUUUCUCUUUAUCCAAACACAACCCUUCGUUUUCCUUCUCUUCACCUUCCCUCAGUCUCCGUCUCACUCCCAAUCCCACUCCCUCUUUCUCCAUCCGACGUGGCACAGAUCUCCCUUUUCUUCUCCGCUGCACCGGCGGCGGCGGCGGCGGCGGAUCUUUCGGCGGUCAUGGAAAAGGCGGUGAUGGAGGCGGUGAGGAAGGUGGCAAUGAGGGGGAUAAUAGAAAGAAGGAGGCGAUUAUGGUGUUGGCGGAGGCGGGGAGGUCGGUGGAGAGCAUGCCGGCUGACUUGGCGGCGGCGAUCAACGACGGUAAGAUAACUGGUGCGGUGGUUUCUCGGUUUCUAGAAUUGGAGAAGUCUCCAUUAUUGCGGUGGUUGCUUCAGUUUGGUGGCUUCAAGGAACGUCUUCUCGCUGAUGAUCUAUUCCUUGCCAAAGUUGGUAUGGAAUGUGGUGUUGGAGUCUUCACCAAGACUGCUGCUGAGUAUGACCGCAGGAGAGAAAACUUUUUCAACGAGCUGGAAAUUGUUUUUGCUGAUGUGGUCAUGGCCAUACUUGCAGAUUUCAUGCUGGUUUAUCUUCCUGCACCUACUGUAUCUCUUAGACCACCACUUGCAAUCAGUGCUGGACCUAUUGCUAAGUUUUUCCACCACUGCCCAGAUAAUGCAUUUCAGGUUGCUCUCUCUGGAACAUCAUAUUCCUUAUUACAGAGGAUUGGUUCAAUUGUGCGUAAUGGGACUAAGCUUUUUGCAGUUGGAACUGCUUCAUCACUGGUUGGGACAGCUGUGACAAACGCCUUAAUUAAUGCAAAGAAGGCUGUUGACAAGUCUUCUGCAGGGGAAAUUGAAAAUGUUCCCAUAUUGUCUACCAGUGCCGCCUAUGGUGUCUAUAUGGCAGUUUCUAGCAACCUCAGGUAUCAAGUUCUUGCUGGAGUUAUUGAACAGAGGAUUUUGGAACCUUUGCUGCACAAGCACAAGCUUAUGCUUAGUGCAAUUUGCUUUGCUGUUCGAACUGGCAAUACGUAUUUGGGUUCAUUAUUGUGGGUGGAUUAUGCUCGUUGGAUUGGGGUUCAGUAGGCCCAAGACAAAGAUUACAUGACUUGGAUCUUUCUAGAUUGACUUCAUUUUUCUCAAGAUGUUCAUUUGCUUCAU